GAUAAACCACAAAUGAUGUAGUGCAUUACAUGACAUGAUUUAUCAGUGAAGUUUAAGGGAAACAAAGCUACGGGGGGUGCGGUCUUUCCUGUAGCCGAGAACGGAAGCGGAAAUUCGGCCAUCUCCUCGUACAGUCAAGCUACAACAGGGACGUGUCCUCGGUAAAACUUGUACAGUGUAGCAGUCCUGUUGCCAGUUGCGAACUAGCAGCAGCUAGCCGGCUAACUGCUAGCUGGCUAAUCUUUCCUAGCAGCAGCAAGUGAUUUCUUCCAUCAGUCAAACUGGCAGUUUCCAUCUCCCUACGCCUACGGUUUUGAGACCCAAUGUUGCCACGGGAAGAACCAGACAAACCGAGACAAAACACUCCCUGAAUGAGUGGUGCACAAGAUAGAGAAACGAAUAAGACAGCUAGAGGAGAGACCCUUAUUCUGCAUCAUUCUUGUGUAACAGAUUGCAGCAGAACUCAGCGGUCAGACCGUUGCCAUGUCGACCUCAUCGCUACGGCGACAAGUAAAGAACAUCGUCCACAACUAUUCAGAGGCUGAAAUCAAGGUGAGAGAGGCGACAUCCAAUGACCCAUGGGGCCCCAGCAGCUCUCUGAUGUCAGAGAUUGCUGAUCUGACCUACAAUGUUGUGGCCUUCUCAGAAAUCAUGAGCAUGGUGUGGAAGCGCCUCAAUGACCACGGCAAGAACUGGAGACAUGUGUACAAGGCUAUGACUCUUAUGGAGUACCUGAUCAAGACUGGUUCAGAACGUGUUGCCCAACAGUGCCGAGAGAACAUAUACGCAGUCCAGACCCUCAAGGAUUUCCAGUACAUAGACAGGGACGGCAAAGACCAGGGGGUUAAUGUGCGAGAGAAAGCCAAACAGCUGGUGACACUGCUGAAAGACGAGGAGCGACUAAGAGAGGAGAGGAUCCACGCCCUCAAAACCAAAGAGAAGAUGGCACAGACCUCCAGUGCUUCCUCAGCUCCCUCAGCACCCAGUCUGGGGGGCAGCCUUUCAUUGGGAUCCCACUCUGGAGGGGCAGAUCCUGAGCAGGCCUGGCCACAGAGCUCUGGAGAGGAAGACCUGCAGCUCCAGUUGGCUUUGGCGAUGAGUAAAGAAGAAGCAGAGCAGACUAGCAAGGACCCUCUGGAGGACGCAGAGCUCCGCUAUGCAAUGACACUCAGCAAAGAGAUGCACCAAAAGGAGGAACGACUGCGCAGAGGUGAUGACCUGAGACUGCAGAUGGCCAUUGAGGAGAGCAAGAGGGAGAAACCGAAGCCAGAGGAGGGUGCUCUGAUGGAGCUGAGUGCUGUGGACCCCUGGGGGGCCCCUGCUGCUGCUGCUGCCGCCGCUGCCACCACUGCCACUGUGGGGUCUGCCGGCCCCUCACCUCCACCCACGGUUUCUGCCCCUGCUGCUUCAGGCCCAUGGGGUGCAGCCCCCUCAGACCCAUGGGGGGUGGCAUCACCCACAUCUCCUACAAGCUCUGACCCCUGGAGUGGGGGAGCCCCACCCACUAUAGCCCCACCUCCAGACCCCUGGGGAGAAACGUCCAACAAAGUUAACAAUGUCGACCCCUGGGGAAGUUCAGCUGUGACACCCCCAAGUGCCGACCCCUGGGGCCCCCCAGUGCCUCCCAGCACUUCCUCCUCGGGGGGGCCAGUAGACCCCUGGGCAAGGGACGGGCCUGUCCCUGCCUCUGACCCUAUCACCUCCGACAUCUGGAGUGGCACCGCCAAACACACUAACGGCACAGGGGAACCGGAGCGACGAGGGUCCUCAGCAACAGCCUGUGACAGCACAGGCUCACCGGUGCCCUUUGAUAUGUCGUCUCUUGGUUCCUCACUUCCUGUUCGUAAGACUCCUGAGUCCUUCCUCGGCCCUAAUGCAUCGCUGGUGGAUCUCGAUUCCCUGGUGUCAUCUAAACCCAAACCCAAACAGCCGCCACCUCCCUCCAUCUCUUCCUCUUCAGCGCACAACCCCUUCCUCCAGAACACAGGCUCUUCUCCUGCUCCUGGCAUGGCAGUGACUCCAGGUAGCACCAUCUCAAGUAGGGGCGUUUCCCCAACACCUGCCUCCUCCAACCCGUUCGGCGUGGCCCCGCCCAUGACCUCUAUAUCGCCUCAACCCUCAUCACUUGGUCUGAGUGGCCUCCGCACCAGUCCUGUGCCUCCCAAUCCCAUGCUGGGCAUGGUGCAACCAGGAAUGGGCAUAGGGCCAAUGAGUGUGGGCAUGGGGGCUCCAGGAAUGGGCCUGGGCAUGAUGCAGGCCAGCCCCAUGGGCAUGCCCUACAGCGGGCUCUCCCCUAUGGCACCCCCCGGCUCGGCUCUGUUGGGGCCUGGAGGUGCAGCACCUCCUCAGCUGAUUUUGGGUGGGCCCACUGGAACAGGAGGAGUGAUGGGGGCAGGAGGAUCAGUGGGAGGCGGAGGAACAACGGGAGCAAGCACCAACCCUUUUCUUCUUUGAGGAAGUGUCACUGCUCGUUCACUCAGCUGUUUCAACCUCCUCUGUCGUACCUGCUGCCCCCUUCAUUCAUCCCCCCUUCAACACAAUUUGUGUCCAAAAAGAAAAAUGUCUACAUCUCUAUAUUUAAAGAAAAAAAAUGUAAAAUUCAGUUUAUCUUUUCCUUAAAAAGCAUUAUUUCAUUUCAGAAUAAUUUUCCACAUUUAGUUACCUUUUUCAGUAUGGGUUAUUUUUGGGUGGGAAAUAGAGAUCUAUUUAUUUUGUUUUAAUCCUGUUCUGUUCUGUAUCGUUCUUCAUGUUGUGUUUUUUUUCAGUCCUGUCUGAGAUGAAGGUAAGUCUGUGAGAGCAGGAGGUUUUUUCAGUAGUGUCACUCUAUUCUAAUAUUACUGCACUGAGAGAGAGACGGAGGGAGAGGGGACAUAGCCACUAACAAACUGAACAGAGAAACUGUUGCACCUGCCUCUUCCACUUUUCUCCCUCAAGAAUGAAAACACUGAAUCACUGAGGUGAAUCGAGUGCAUAAAGGAUGAUUUUUAAUGAACUCCAGACUGAGAUAUGGACUGAAAAACCUGCAUUAACAUUUCAGGCACAAUGUGGUCAAAUUGUUUCAACUAUUUCAUUUUUAAUUUAAUUUAAUGUUAAAUGUAAUUUAUUUUUUUCCAGUUCAUGGAAACAAAUAAACAAGGAAAAUCAAACAUGAUGAUGCCAUUUAAAUCAAAUGCUUAUUUUCUUUUUGUUUUUUCUUCCUGAUUAUUGUAGAAAACUAAAGAAAGCUCUGACAUCUGUGGUCUGAUGGGGAAAAUGAUGGGAUGUUUGUUGAAUGUGUGUGCGUGUGUGUGCGCGCAGAAAUGUGUGAAUGAGAACAUGAAUGCUCAUCUGUGAGUGUGCAAGUAUGCAAUAGUGCAGAUGCCUGUUUCUGUGUAUAUGUAUCAAUAUCUGUCCAAUCUUAUUUCAGUGACUCAGAAAGAAAGAAAUGACAUCCAUUAUUUUUGUUUUUAAAAAUUGUCACUUGUAUCAAUACUAUGUAAUGUUGGGAUUUCAAAUGAGGUAUUAUAAGGGUCACACAUUUCUCUGCCAAUCUUGUCACGCUUUUUUUUCUUUUUAUUUUCCUCCGUUGAUCAGAAACAUUUGUUUGUUUGUUUUUUCCAAUCACACAUUUCACAUGGGAUCCCUGGUGCACAGGUGUCCUAGGUCACCACUGUCCUUGUGUUUCAUCCCUCUUUCCUUUGGGGAGGGAGAGCUACUGAUGCUUCUUUUAAAAAAAAAAAAAAAAAAAAAAAAAGAAAAAAAGACAAUUAUUUCAAUGAAUGAAUGAAGGAAAAAGAAAACAGGGACUUGACAACAUGCUCCAUGCUGUUCUUUUAAUUUAGUUUGAUGAAUUUAUUGUUAUUUUAUAUCAACAAGAAAAAUAUCUUUUAUCGGGUAAGGUUGAAUUUUGUGUGGUGUUGACUGUGAACAUUCACAUUUGAAAAGUAAAAUGGAAAAAAAUCAGAAGAAAUUUAUGAAUAAAACAAAAACACAGGAUGUGUGUUUGGCUUGUUUCAUGCUUGCGCUGUAGUUUAUGCUUAUGUCUAUAUCCCAAAUAUGC